CCGCCUGGCGCCGCGCCAGCCCGAUCCGGUUCCUGCGCGCCCACCCCGCGCCCACGGCCGCCCUAGGACAAAAAUGUUAAACUCGUGGACGAUCCUCUACCCUCUGGGAGCUGAUGAGUCGGGGAGAGACAGGCAAUGAAAAGGACUCAAAGCAAUCUGACCGCUCGGUGGUCCUGCAUGGUGACGGCUGUGGUCCCAAACCAACCAGAUGGCAUCAAACGCACUCUGUAAAGUGGGAGAUGGGGAGGAGGCCGUGCUGAAGAAGGAAAACCUCAACCUCGUGAGUGCGCUCGACCAGCUGCCGAAGCCCUUUCUGAACCCCAAGUCCAUGAACCGCACCGUCACUACCAAAGGACUCCCGCUUUCCUCAAGAGGCAGCUUGGUUAACUUCUUGGAGGAAGACACCAUCAAUCUUGUGAAGCCCAUGCCAACGGAAGAUUCUGAAUAUAGCUCCGAUGACACCAGCAUCACCCCCAUGUCGUCCACCUUGAUGAACCCCGUCAAACUGGCUGUGACCCAGCCCAACAGCAGCUUCUUUGCAGGCAUGCUAGAGGGCGAGCUGAACAAACUCAGCUUCCCCUCCAUAGCCAAGAAUACAGACAAGGGGGACCUGGCCCUCUGCCCCCACCCCUGCAAGUCCCAAAUGACCCCUGGGGGCCUGCUGGACCUGGACAACCCUGCGCUGGACACAGACACCUCCUCCACACGCUCGGAGUCCUCCGUGGUCCUGGACACGCCGGAGGCCCCUUUCAUCUGUGAGCACACGGUCAGCGACUCCACGGCUGUGAUUUCCUGGACCUAUGCCUUGGGCAAGCAGCAGGUCAGUUUCUACCAGGUGCUGUUACAAGAAGUGGCCAAGAAAACAGAUGACAAUGACUCACCCAAGGCAAAGAACCGCCCGUGGAUCUUCAACAAGAUCUUGGGCACCACGGUCAAGCUGAUGGAGCUGAAGCCCAACACCGGCUACUGCCUCACCGUCCGUGCAGCCAAUACAGCUGGGGUGGGGAAGUGGUGCAAGCCCUACAAAGUGAGCCUGGGAGAAGAGGGGCCCGAGGUCCAAGUUUGCAACCGUGGCCACUGACUUCAACAGCUUUCCUGAGAACAACCCCAUCCAGAUCACCGUACAACGCCGGGAGCCCCAGCGGAAAACCGUGGCCAUCACGGUGGAGGAGAUGCGGAGACUUGAAGACCUGGAACACCUAUUUCCCUACUAAGGGGAGGCCACAGGAUGCCCCUCACCUCCUUCAGCCUCAGCCCGGGGCCCUCAGGAACAUGAGACGCACUGUACCACGGCACCAUGCCAGAGAACCUCGGACUACCCUGCCGGCCCGGUGGUGCCACAACCCCACUCCGGGCUGCAGCUGAGGCUAGAUGGGGGCCCCAUUCGCCUGGAGACAUCUCAGGCCAGGCUCAGCCACUGCCCACAGCUGUUACACUCCCUCCUUCCCCAAAUCUGGGCUGGGUCCAGGUUCCUCAUUAAAGAACUGCAGGUCAUCCAA